AUGCAGGAAAUAGUAUGGGACCGCCGUGUCGAGGCCCGCGCCGCCGAGCUCGUCCUCCAGAUCCUAGAACAGGAAUCAUACAUCCACUUCCGCGAGUUGGAUGACGAGGACCUCUGGUCCGCGAAACAUUCGGUGGAAAGAAGAGAAACUGAAGUUCAGUUCGAGAAUCUCGUGGAGACGCGUGACAACGUCUGGAACUCCCUCCUGAUCCUGUGCAGCUCUACCAACCUUGACAGGCUCAACCUGCCUUACUUUGACACCCAGGAGAAGCAGAAUGCUCUGAUCGAGGCCAUUACCGACGAAUCGAUCAACAGGUCGUUCCUGCUCCGGUUCAUUCGUUACAAGUGGCGCAAGUUCCUCGAUAUCGAGCGCCCUUGGCUUCCGACCCUCGACUCGCCUGAGCAAACCCAGGAGCACUCCCGAUCGUCUUCCCCGUCGCCGGAGUAUGAGUACACCAAUGGCAAUUGA